GCGAAAAUGAAAAUGGCGCACAACUAAAAAUGUUUGUGGACGCGAAGUCUUAUUUGUUGUCUUGAAAGAUACACCGAUUGUGUGAAAAUGCCUCCGACGGGGCCAGCCUCUGCUUUCAUUCAGGCACUACGGCCGUUUCAGACAUCCCAAGGGAGAUUACUAGUGGAAGGAGAUCAGGAAGAAGACAGGACCCCAUUGGCCUAUGUUUUUAAAGAUGGACGAAUUGGCUGUGUUGUAAGAGAAGACACUGUGGUAGAAGUUCUGUCCUUAGCCACAGGGAAUCUGAUUGGUUGUAAAAGAUUUGACACAGAAAUCAAUGAUCUGGGUGCAAAGGUCACUUGUGUUAAAGAAUGUUGGCUAGGCAGCAAUUGUCACCUGUUGGUUGGCAUGGAAACAGGCCCUGGUGCUGGCAUGCUGUGUCUUCUUAACUUCUUCACCUCCAAGGUCAUACAGGCAAUUGAAAUUCCACAAAGGAUAUCUACUGUAGAAGUUGUUUGCACAUCAAGGGGGGAUUCGGUUCCUGGAUGGGCUCUUUGUGAACAGCUGCGCUACUUCUGUGGAGUAGUUGCAGUGGGCACCAUAUGCGGCUAUGUUUACUUCUUAGAUCUGGGUCUGGAUGAGUAUGUGAUGAGGACUGGUCCUGUUCUACCUUCUGGUUUAUGCAUCAUUUCACCUCGCACUAAGGACGUACCUGCCAAACGACAACAUGCCAUGUCCAAGGGACAGCACCUAUGCAUGCUUCUGGAUGAAGACAGUCACCACCGCAGCAGUUUUGUGUACAGAAAACCUGAUGAUAGUUCCAUCAAGAAGUUCUUGGCAGAUGAUGUGUCCAUUACCUGUUUACAGUAUAUUCCUCAAACUGGGAAGUUAGCCGUAGGCUUCAGUUUUGGAUGUUACCAGCUUUGGAAGUUGUUUAACCCGGUUUUGGAGUACAGCAGUCGACUGGAAAUGGACCUACCCUCUGUCACACAUUUUGCACAUCAAGAACCGGAGAAUGACCCCAAAAAUUUCUGCUAUCUGUGGGUUGCCCGUAGCUGUCUUCCCUCUGAACUGGAGCAGGAUAGCAUUGCAAGUGUUAGUCUAUAUCAGCUGGCAUACAGCAGUAAGGACUGGUUCAGUGGCUAUGGUACAUUUUACAAGGACUUGCUGUCUGUGGGUUUGCGGUUUGACCUUGAUCUAUCCGCUGACCUUUUUUCACCCUUUGGCCAGGAUGUUGCAUGGAGUCGUAUUUUGGGCUGUUACACAAUGCAGGACCCGUAUUACAACCCACCAAAUAAGGAGGCAGAGGGCGAAGAAUCCUUUGAAGAGAGUUUACAUGGCCCUGACCUCAGCCUUAGUGUGGUGAUCUGGGAGGCUCAGGAAGCAGGCUCAUCCACCAAUACCAGGGCGUACCUCGGACUCUUUGAUAUGAACAGAUGGUACCACGCCCAGAUGCCCACCUCUUUAAGGGUUACUGGUUCCAUGGAAUUGUGUUCCUACUUUGCCUUCUACAGUUUGGACCAAAUUACAGACACUGCAGCCCCCGAUAGCCUGCUGGCAGUCCAUGUUGGCUAUGAUACUGUGAGGAAAUUUAUCAAUAAUGCUCCUCUGGCCCCUGAACAACACUUCUAUCCAUCAUCUCUGGCGUUCGAAGCUAAAUGUGUUCUUGAGACAAGUUUUGUUUCAGCAAGAUUUCAGGGAACUCAAAGACAGGUGUUGAUGAGUCUGCAGCAGCAGGGCCCAAACUGUCUCCUGGCCCCUGCAGAGAUGUUUAACCUGUGUGUGUACGCCGGUCUUCUCCCAAGAACCUUGAGCCACAGCAGCCUUACUCCCCAGCCACAGCAGCUCAGGGAGGCGCUGCUGUCGUUGUGUUUGAAUCAUAACCUGGUCAGUUUCAUCAAGACCUGUAUAACACAGUGGGCUGAUGGAGACUUCACUCCACAAGGUUGUACAUUAAAGUUUUUACUGGAUUGGUCUUGGGCAAGAGUUGGAGAAAUCAAGGACAUGAUUGAUAAAACCUGUGUGCCUCUGUAUGAUUGGUCGGGAGUGCCUAUGGACCAGAGGGCACUGCAAACUCUCCAUCACUGUCACCAGAAACUCUCUCACAUGCCCACCAUCUUCCAAGCCUUUCUCGCACAGUCAUCUCCCAUAACAGACCAAGGUGUACAUGAGUUAAGCACCAGACUGAAGGUGAUAGAACUAGUCCUUCAGCAGCUGACUGUGGUCCUCUGGUUCAUACAUAGAGGACUUCUCCCAGAGAAUGAUGAGGUUGAGGAGUUGAGCCAGGAACAGUAUGCCUACCCUGCAAGCAGUUUGUAUAGUACAUUCAAUAACAGGAGAAUGGAACUGAAGAAACUUCACAGCAAUGUGAAGGAGACUGAUCUGUUGAUGAUUGAUGGGUUGAUGGAGCACAUGGGCCCCUCCCUGUCGGACCUCUGGGACAGUGAAGGGGGUAAUGGCCUUUAUCCUCCUCCAAGCUUACAUGCUCUGAUCAACAUGUACCUGUUGGAAGACAUCCCCCUGGUAGAGAAGCACUGUGUGGUAUUGUAUCUUCUGUUAGAUAUCGUCUCAGCCGGGGACAUGCAGUAUCAGGAACAGUUCUCCGAGAAGAUUUCCUGUUUUGGUCAAGCCAUGUCUAUGCCCGAGAGCUUGGUUCGAUUAGUUCAUGGUUUCUGGCUUUUGGAUCAUAAAGACUUUCAGGGUGCUGAGGUGGUGCUAACCCAGCCAAUGGUGGACGGUGAGCUUGGCCCCUGGCAGUGUCACCGCGUGGUCAAGGCCCUGCUGUAUCAAGGAGAGAGUAAACUGGCCCUCAGGUACAUACGCUCACGUCCCAUCACCAGUGCGGGACCAGAGGACAUCAAACUGCAGCUCACUGUGUUGCUGGCUAAUAGCCUCACAGCCAGAGCUUGGGAGUACCAGAGACAGUGUAGAGAUGAAUCUAACCAGAAGGAGCUGCUAUACCACCUUUUCUUGGGCUGUCAGCAGACUAAGACGUUUGUGAACCUGUUGGAGCUGCCGUUAUCUGAAACGGAGGAACAUUACCUGAUAAAGUACCUACAGGAGAAUGGCGAGCCCAACUCCCUGGAAACGCUGGUGAUGUACUACCUACAGCGCGGGCGCUACAUCGAGGGCAUACGCCUUAACGAGACUCUCAAACACAGAGCAAUGGGUGAAAGCAAUCCACGAGCAAGAGAAUUGGCAGCUGCACGCAACGCUCUGGUGGAGGGGUACCUGAACAUUUUGCCAGCUGUCCAGAGAAAAAUGGUGUUUGAGCGUCUUCCUGCUGUGAAGGAGCACCACACUGUCAACAGAAUCGUGCCACGCCCCAAGCCCCUGUCAACGGUGGUCUCUCGUGGGGUGCAGGGUCAUGUGAUCUCACAGUCGACCCUCAUCCAGGCCAUGAUGGAAAAAGUGGGCGAGAUCGGUGAUAUGGAGGAGGACAUCAUGCAGACAAAGCGGACUGGCAGAAAGGAUCGUGAGAAUAGUUUGUUUAUUAACACGCCUACCACCCCCAAACGGGAGAGCCAGACACGCCUGUCUCAAAGCAUUGUGUUUCCCCGUGUGGAGAAAACUCCCCAACAGACCCUCACUAAGCCACAGGACGAGGAACAAGCCACUCUGUAUCCAUGGAAAAAGCUGACUGAUGCAUCCUUGGAGGCAUAUAGUGAAACUCCACUGAAGGGUUUAGUUGCUAAAAGGCGAAUGUCUCGUUACAUGAGCGCUGGUGCAUUGUCCUUGCUGAAGACGCCUCCAGUUCUUCGAAAACCUUCAUGUCCUUCAACUGGCCCGCCCUCGGCUCAGCCCACGCCCCAGUCUAUACUCAAGGUCCGACGCCUUAUCCAGAGGUCACCCAGUCCCAAAAUUGUCUCCAGCUCGCCAUCAACUCAGCGGACAUCUCAAGAAAGGGUGCACACAACUCUAGAUGACUCCAUGCGAAUCGUAGUAGGACCAAAGAAGUUGAGCUUCAAAGAAAAUGUGCCAUCCCCAUUAACUUCCAAAAGUGUGGUGGGAACUCCAAAAGUGCUGAGGUUUGCAGACAGUGUGAAAUCACCUUCUUCCCCGACCCUACCCCUGGGCCGACCCUCCCCACGCAGGAGUCCCCCUAGUCCACGAUCACUGAAGGACAGAAGCCCAACCCCAGAAAAGAUUUCUCCAAAGUUUGCCCCUCGUGUUGAUCAUCUGUCACCAAGGAAACAGAAAGAUGCAGAUGACGAGGAGGAUAUAGAAGUGGACGUUGAUGAUGACAUUACAUUUAAUUUUAACAGGUCCCAAAGACUACAGGAAGGCUCUGAAGAAGAAGUAGAGGCUAUGGUAACAGAUUCAGACAAGGCUGCUGAUUUAGAUGUUGAUGCUGAAACAGAGGAGGAUGUAGACAUGAUGGAAGAGUCCAGUGAAGAGGAUGAGGAGGCACAGGGAGGGGGAGAUCUACAAGAUGGAACAGCUAUACUGAGUUCAGUUGUUCCCGAACUGGCCUCUGUAACCUCCCAGUCCAUGCAGAGGUCAUCACAGAGCCAGUCAUUUACACAGUCCUCCAUAAAGAGUCGCUCUCCUAUUCAUGGACAGGAGAUGCGUGUCAGCUUUGAAGGUACAGCGACAACAUUGCGUGGGCAAACUUCCUCACAAAGUUCCUCCACAGGAGAGGAAGAGAGUGAAACGACUGAGGAGAUAGUGACAACCUCCACUUCUACUUCCACUUCCACUUCCACAUCUGUGAUUCAGGAAUCCACUGAUCCCGAACCAAGACUAGAGACUCCCGAUUCAUCCCCAGGUGAUUCCCCUUUCCCAUUGCCCUUGGUGGGCGUUGUCGAUCAGUCAGAUUGUCAGAUGUCCCCACUGCGUCUCCAGAUCACACCAUCAUCGACUGAUGCCUCUGUCACAGUGCCCAUUGAGAAGACAACAGGUUGGGAGAUACCUGUACUUCAGGCUCAGCAGGAAACCACCCCUGAGAAAGAUGCACACCACCCCCUGACUGUAGACACAAGCCAAGUAGAGAAUUCCUUCUCUGCCCCUCCUGAGCCACCAAGCCAAGUCUCACCCAGGGUACAGACAAGAAGUGCAUCAAAAGUUACCAUAGAGCCUCUUAUUAGCAGUGAAAGUGAUUUGCUACAUUUGCAUUUGUCACCUUCGGGAUCUCCCCGCAAGUCGUUGAGUACCACACAGGUAUCCCCAGCCAAAUCUGCCAGUGUCUCAGGCUCCCCAGUCCCUAUCCCAGGGUCCCCUCACUCAACCACCUCCAUCCCGAUCUCCCCGGUGCCAAGCAGGUCACCCACGAGGAGCAAUGUCCUCACUAUCAGCCAGGCUAAGCUGGAGCGCCUUGAUUCACUGGAGGGCCGUGUUACCCGUAGUCGGAGCUCCAGGUCCGUAAGUCCCAUGGGGUCAUUACCACCUACGCCAACACGAUCCAAAAAGAUCUCUGAUGUGUCCGUGAUAGAGGGGUCGGAGAUGUCAGCAGCUGAUGAAACAGACAUCACUGACAUGGCCUCAGACAGUGAUCAAGACAAGGUUUCUUCAAAGAAAAAACCUGGGCGUCGUUCUGCGACUCGUAGCUCUGCUGCACCUGUCACGCCCACCAGACAGAGCUCUCGAUUACGUGAAAAAGAGGCCAGCCGAGGCAGCACGCCACCCCCUUCACCGACAGCUUCCCCAUCUAGGGGCCGCUCCACACCCAGCAGACCACCUGCACGCUCACCAGCAAGGUCUCCAGGGCGCUCACCGGCCAGAGCUACCAAAGCAUCCACCCAAAAACCUGCCCCGAAAAAUACCAAGAUUAAUGAAUUAACUGAGGACACAGAUAUGGUGACAGAACCAAGUUUUAGAUUCUCAGAACCUGUUCAGCUGGAAAGAGAGGCAAACUAUGAUGCUGAAAGACCCUCUACCCCUAUCCAUUCGUUCAUCUUCUCCCCACCUCUCACACGUUCUCAGACUCGCAGGGGGUCUGUAGAUAAGAUGUCAGACACAUCCUCUGAACCGGGUGUCAUUCCCGCCCCACCUGAGUUUAGAACACCAGUGGUGGAAAAACCAAGAAAGUCCAGGCGUGGGAAGAAAACAUACUCAGUUCCCCAGUGUUCUCCCACGAAUAGUCCCCUAAAUCUGGUCUCACCGCUUGCAGAGUCACAGGCCAGCAGAAAAGGAAGUCAGUCUGCGGAUACGACCGUACCUUCGCAGAAUCUGCGCAAAAAAGUGCUGCGACCAAGGAAAAAGUUUGGUGGUAGAGUCUGGUGAUGAGACUUCAUCUGCUUUUGUAUUGGUAAUAUUCCAGAGUACUUCAGAUUGGUCAUUGAGUGUGCCUGGGAGAAAACACUCAGCAAAGUUGUGGAGUAGAACUUCCCCGGGCUGUUUGUGAACGUGUGGUUUCUCUUGUUUAUGCUGAAUCAAGGUUAUGGGGUAUUACCUCCCCUGGUGUUCAAGCAGUGGAGCCUGGUUAAAUAACUCUGUGGAUGAGAGUCUUUGGUGUCCUGGGCUAUGUCAUUGAUCCUAAUUCUUCAACAUCGAGAAGAAACAAUUUUUUUUCUUGCAUUGUGCUGAAAAUCUUUAAUGUUGAUGACUGAAUAAUUGUACAUGUAUAGCUGGAAUGACACCUAGCCAUAAUGCAGGACCAGUUGAUACUAAGACAUAUACAAGUAAGUCGGGAAUAUGUAUGAUUGAUGCUGGUAAACAGUUUACAUUAAUAUACUUGUGUAUUGUCAGAUUUCAUACGUGCGCUAUGAAUCCUCUAAUAACGUAAUAAUGACAUUAAUGUGAUGCUAACAGGCUGCAAUUAUGUGCAUUAUUUGUUAUCGUGCCAAUGUCGCAGUGACUUAGGGACCACUCGCCAAUGUGGUCGCUGUGAGUUCAAGUCCAGCUGAUGCAACAUCGCUUCCUCUCUGGUCAUACGUGGGAAAAUCUUCCAGCAACCUGCAGAUGGUCAUGAGUUUCCUCCCUACAUAAUGCUGGCUGCAGUCAUAAGUGAAAUAUUCUUGAGUACGGCUAAAACGGAAUGGCUUUUAUUGAUUUGUUCGAUCAAAUUAAAUAAAUCAAUAAAAUUUCCCUGGUAACUUCUGGUUUUGAUGCUAGUGAAGUUACAUGUCAUUGUAACUGUGACUGUCAUGGUACAUACAUGCUGGUUUUCACGUGUUUGUGAGGGAACUAAUCUGGUUUACAUGACCACACAUUUGUGGUGUUCUGGAAAGGGCUACCCACGGGUUUACAGUUAUUCUUUGAGUGCUGUGGACACUUGCGAAAGAAAUUAGUUUGUGUUUGGGAAUGAGGUGUGUGUAAUACCAUUUGCCAUGCUUGUAUUAAAUUACACAUGACCUUGGUUUAUGCAUGUAUGUAGGCUCAGGUGAAAAAACGCUGAUUCCAAACAGGUUUAGAAUACAGGGAAAUAGUAGACAUUCAUCAUUUAUAGAUGAGAUUACGGAGAGAUCUUGUUUCCCAGUGCGUGGAUUGUAAGCAGAUAUGUGUGGGUCCUGCAAGCCUUGAAUCGCGUGGAAAUUGAAAAUAAUUUUUCAAGGCUUUGAAAUGUUGAGAAAACCACGGGUUAAUAUCUAGUAGAUUAGCCGUGGAAUUCUGAGCCAGCGUGGUACACCUGUUGUGGGAAGACUACAGAUAAAUGAGCUGGUCUAAUUAGAAGGACACAAUGCUUGAAAUAUGUGUUGUUUGUAAUUGCUUGAUGCACUGCCAUGUACGUGUGGAUGUGAAAGUGCAACUUAUUUGUACCUUACACGCUGCUUUAAAAUUGUAUUUGCUUAAUAUUUAUUCCAAGUAGCCUGGAAGAGUAAAUUUUUGGCCUGCAAAGCAUGGAACUUUGAAAUCUUUAAUGCAAAGAAGGCAUUGGCUUGAAGUAUAUGAUGUGAAAUGAAUGACCAUUAAACACUAUCCAAGAAAAUAGUUUAUUCUUUUAAAAAUUUAUUUCAAACAUAAAAUGCAUUCGAAACAGAUUUGUAUUCUAGGGUUUGCCAGUUUUAAUCAUAUUGUGACCAGUGAUGUCACGUGAGGUUUUUGCCGCUUAAUACUCUAGACUCUUAAAAAGAAAUCAAAUUCUUUUCCUGGACUGUGUUUAAUGAUAUGACCUUUACUUAAAGUGAACAUAAAGUCUGCCACUAUAUAUACUUACUAUAAAGUUUUGAAAGCCGAGAAGAUGAAGUUCAGCAUUGGUGAUAUGGCACUGACGGGCAAUUGACUCUGAGUAGCCAUGUUGUAGAAGCCCUUUUGAACUUGGCCAAUCACUAGCGCUGAAAGCGUCAGGUGACAGUUGACUGUUGACUAUCCUGUCAAAAAAACUAUUAGCUCUCGAUUGUCAGUUUGGUUUCUUACAGUGGAUAGACAGAUGUCGAUGCAAUGACUUUUGCUGUUAAUUUAAGUGCUAAACUGAUGCAUUUUGAACCACACCUGAUGAGCAGGGAACUGUGAACGUCUGC